UCGCAAUUCAAACUCUAAUAGACGCGUCCAUUUAUAAAAAUGGAAGCUCACAAUAAUGCGGUAACAUCCAUAUCCGGAAGGCUACGGCAAUUCUACGCGCAACGCCGGCCUUUCCGCGUUUACCAUGGUUCCACGAACAGUACCCGCGCAGCCGAAAAGAGUCGCGACAACACGGUAGACACUAGCAAGCUCAACCAUAUCCUGGAAGUUGACGAGGAUAAUAAAAUCGCGCUGGUUGAGCCAAAUGUGUCAAUGGACGCGCUCGUCAACGCGACCGUGCAUCACGGAUUGGUUCCGUUAGUUGUCAUGGAAUUCCCUGGCAUCACCGUUGGCGGCGGCUUUAGCGGCUCUGCCGGUGAGAGUAGCUCGUGCCGUCACGGACCAUUCGAUUCAACAAUCAAUUGGAUCGAAAUCGUUCUUCCAAAUGGUGAAAUAUCAAAAGCUUCUAAAACUGAAAAGCCGGACCUUUUCUGGGGAGCUGCGUCGGCUUUCGGAACGCUCGGAGUUGUUACUCUUCUUGAAGUUCAGCUGAGAGACGCCGCUGACUUCAUCGAACUGACGCAUUAUCCGGUGAGUGGCGUUCCGGAAGCCUGCAAGAAGAUACAAGAAGAAGUUGCAAAUCCUGUUGUGGAGUUCGUCGAUGCGAUCGCAUUUUCUCCCAAAACAGCUGUCGUGUGUUCCGGUCGCUUAGUCGAUUCCAUCCCCACAGGUUCUAAACCAAGGCGAUAUUUACGACGUCGUGAUUCAUGGUUCUACCUUGACGUACAGAAAAGAGCUGAAAAGUCGAAACAACCCGUUAUCGACUAUGUCCCCUUGAUUGACUACCUGUUUCGAUGGGAUCGUGGUGGAUUCUGGGUGGCUAGGUAUGCCUACAAGUACUUUUUCACGCCAUUCAAUCGCAUCACUCGCAGCAUUCUAGAUACUUACAUGCACGCCCGUGUAAUGUACCACGCUUUACAUAAGAGUGGGCUAUCUGAUACUUAUAUAAUCCAAGAUGUCGGCGUACCGUACGGCGCCGUCGACAACUUCUAUCACUGGGUAGACGAGACCCUAGGCAUAUACCCCCUCUGGCUGUGUCCAAUCCGCACAAAGAGAGACGCGCCCAACUCAGCGCACGGCCUACACGCCGACUUCGCGGACCCCAAAGGCCCUGAGUUCAUGCUCAAUUUCGGCAUCUGGGGACCCGGACCGAAUGACUACGAAGAACUAGUCCGUUUAAACCGAGCGAUUGAGCAGAAGUUGCGCGAAUUAGACGGGAAGAAGACGUUGUAUGCGCAGGCCUACUACACCGAGGAGGAGUUCUGGCAGACUUACAACCGCCCCGCAUACGAGACUGUUCGUGAGAAGUACCAUGCGUCCCACUUACCAAGUAUCUACGACAAGGUUAAGGUUGAUGAAAGUGCGAAGAAGAAUGCUACAGAGAACUCGAGAAUGCCUGUCGCUCUCCGCAAUGUUAGACCGUUCCAAGGCCUGUAUGGUGUCUAUAAGGCAUGGCGUGGUGGCGACUACCUGCUGCAGAAGAAAGGGGAGAAGGUUGAUGUGGAGGGCUCACCUGUGAAGCAAGGUUCAUAGGGACUACGAUAAGCUCAGAGCUUAUAGAUGUUUGAGCAGAGCUCUUGGUCUACGGCAUUGUACUCGACGUAAUACGACUGAUGGUGUAUUGUGUAUAUAGGUAGUUGGAAGUAGCGGUGCCUUCCGAUUUUCGUGAUUUCUAUACAGGUGUGUAUCUCUACUACC